AACAAAGAAAGCAGGCAUUUUCCCAGCCACCAACAAUAGCGGCUAGGUACUGGGGGAGCGGAUAAGCUGCAUAACAGCCCACGGUACUACGCCCUGUUUCGCACCACUAAUUCGACCAAAGUAAUCCGUGAAAAAUCAAAAUACCAAUCGGCUUUGUAUUGUCUGAAUCCCAUUUUCGAAGGCUUGCGGCUCACCCGCUUCCUACCUAAUUCUCAUAGCCGAUGCAUGUAACCACAUACAACUUAGAUUACCUAAAUUCGUCUACCGAACUGCCGCUAUCGUAAUCCCGGAAGACAGCCGUCCUGCUUUAUAGCGGCGUAUAAAGUAUAACUAACACAAUGGCUAUUCCUAUGACACGAUUGGGAGGCGGAGCCUUCAACCAUAGCCCCAGUAAUGACGCCGAAGCCGAGUAUGACCGGCUCCGGGACCUAGCCCGGGCGGAAGCCGCGAAGCGGAACAGUUGCUUCGAUCGGGCACACCAAGCCUACGAGCGCGGCGACGGCGCGGGCGCCAAAGCCCUAAGCGACGAAGGAAAGCGACACGCAGCGCAAAUGGACGAAUACAACAAACAAGCCAGCGAGUACAUAUUCCGAGAGAACAACGCCGUAGACCGUGUCGCGGACGACACAAUCGAUUUGCACGGACAGUUUGUCGAGGAGGCCGAGGAGAUUCUCGAGCGACGGAUCCGUUAUGCGCAGGAGCAUGGGCAGACGCAUUUGCAUGUCAUCGUAGGCAAAGGCAACCACAGCGCCAACCACGUUCAAAAGCUCAAGCCGCGCGUCGAGCAAGUAUGUCGUGAACUGGGACUCCAAUACGCAACCGAAGAAAACGCGGGGCGAAUCUACGUCAACCUCCAAGGCGGCGAAGCCGUAAUGCCGCCAUUACCGCACCAACCACCUACUCAACACGGUGGAUACAGUAGUGGACAUCAGCAACAGCAUGGCCACCAGCAGCACCAUUACCAGCAACAACAGCAUCAUCAACAGCAGCAGCAACAGGAACAGCCUGAUGAGAUCGAAAGGUUGGUGUCGAAGUUCUUUAAGAAGUUGGGCGAUUGCUGUACUGUUAUGUAAGGAGUUGGACAGAUCAUGUUUUACGGUUAUAUACGAGACUCGUUGCUUGAAGGGCGCUUGAUAUUGCGGAAUUCGUAGAUUCGAUAACGACUUAUGAGGGACAUAAGAGGGCUUCAAGGCCACCAAAAGAAGAAGUGAUAUUACAGGAUUGACAAGACACUAUCUAAACGAUAGUAUCACUAUAAUUAAAGUUAUUUGAACUCAUCUAAGUCUCGAUAUCGCAAAGUACGGAGGU